CUCCAGCAGCAGAUUGAAAAAGUCGCACGAUAGGGAGUCGCCUUGUCUGAAACCUCGUUUGGUAUCGAACGGCUCGGAGAGGUCCUUCCCGAUCCUGACGGAGCUUUUCGUGUUGCUCAACGUCAGUUUACACAGCCGUAUUAGUUUUGCGGGGAUACCAAAUUCAGACAUCGCGGCAUAAAGGCAGCUCCUUUUCGUGCUGUCGAAAGCAGCUUUGAAAUCGACGAAUAGGUGGUGAGUGUCGAUUCUCCUUUCACGGGUCUUUUCCAAGAUUUGGCGCAUGGUGAAUAUCUGGUCGGUUGUUGAUUUACCAGGUCUGAAGCCACACUGAUAAGGCCCAAUCAGUUUGUUGACGGUGGGCUUUAAUCUUUCACACAAUACGCUCGACAGAACCUUAUACGCGAUGUUGAGGAGGCUAAUCCCACGGUAGUUGGCUCAGAUUGUGGGGUCUCCUUUUUUAUGGAUUGGGCAUAGCACACUUAAAUUACAAUCGUUGGGCAUACUUUCGUCCGACCAUAUUUUGCAAAGAAGCUGAUGCAUGCACCUUAUCAGCUCUUCGCCGCCGUAUUUGAAUAGCACGGCCGGCAAUCCAUCGGCCCCUGCCGCUUUGUUGUUUUUCAGUCGGGUAGUUGCUAUUCGAACUUCUUCAUGGUCGGGCAAUGGAACGCCUGCUCCAUCGUCAUCGAUUGGGGUAUCGGGUUCGCCUUCUCCCGGUGUUGUGCUAUCACUGCCAUACAGCAGUUUGGAGAAGUGUUCCCUCCAUAAUUUAAGUAUGCUCUGGGCAUCGGUGGCUAGAUCACCUUGGGGGGUUCUACAAGAGUAUGCUCCGGUCUUGAAACCUUCUGUAAUCCGCCGCAUCUUUUCGUAGAAUUUUCGAGCAUUACCCCGGUCGGCCAGCUUAUCAAGCUCUCGGUACUCAUGCAUUUCGGCCUCUUUCUUUUUCUGUCUACAAAUGCCUCUCGCUUCCCUCUUCAACUCACGGUAUCUAUCCCAUCCCGCACGUGUUGUGGUCGAUCGUAACGUUGCAAGGUAGGCAGCCUGUUUUCUCUCCGCUGCGACACGGCACUCCUCGUCGUACCAGCUGUUCUUUUGCACUUUCCGAAAACCAAUGGUUUCGGUUGCAGCUGUACGUAAGGAGUUUGAAAUGCCGUCCCACAGUUCCCUUAUACCGAGUUGUUGACGAGUGCUCUCAGAGAGCAGGAGUGCAAGCCGAGUAGGAAAUCGUUCGGCUGUCUGUUGUGAUUGCAGCUUCUCGACGUCGAACCUUCCUUGUGUUUGUUGGCGUGCGUUUUUUGCUGCACAAAGGCGGGUGCGAAUUUUGGCUGCAACAAUAUAGUGGUCCGAGUCGAUGUUAGGACCUCGGAGCGCACGCACAUCUAAAACACUGGAAACGUGUCUUCCGUCUAUCACAACAUGAUCGAUCUGGUUGGUAGUUUUUCGAUCCGGAGACAGCCAGGUAGCUUGAUGUAUCUUCUUAUGCUGGAAUCUAGUACUACAGAUAACCAUAUUUCGGGCCCCGGCGAAGUCGAUCAGCCUCAACCCAUUUGGGGAUGUUUCCUCGUGGAGGCUGAAUUUACCGACCGUAGUGCCAAAGAUACCUUCUUUGCCCACCCUGGCGUUGAAGUCGCCAAGCACGAUUUUGACAUCGUGGCGGGGGCAUCUCUCAUAAGUGCGCUCCAAGCACUCAUAAAAGGCAUCUUUGGUCACAUCGUCCUUCUCUUCCGUCGGGGCGUGGGCGCAAAUCAACGAUAUGUUGAAGAACCUCGCUUUGAUGCGGAUUGUGCUAGACGUUCAUUCUCCGGAGUGAAUGAUAGUACUCGGCGACGGAGUCUCUCUCCAACCACGAAUCCAACACCAAACUUGCGCUCCUUUAUAUGGCCACUGUAGUAGAUGUCACAAGGACCUACUCGUCUAUGUCCUUGUCCCGUCCAUCGCAUUUCUUGGACGGCGGUGAUGUCAGCCUUUAUUUUCACUAGGACAUCAACCAGCUGGGCAGCGGCACCUUCCCAAUUAAGGGACCGGACAUUCCAGGUGCAUGCCCUCAAAUCGUAGUCCUUAUUUCGUUUGCCAUGGUCGUCAUCGAAAGGGGGUUUCUCAUCCGAGGCUUAUAGUUGAUUUUCAUUGGGGGUGUUUUUUUACGUGGCGGGUCCCAAACCCAGCGCACAACCCUAUGCAGGGGAUGUUUCGCCUUCUCACGUUAGCUCGCCUUCAAACGGAUGUUCUUAGGCUACCCAGAGGAUACUUGGUCAAAGACCGGAAGUCGUGAGCUGCUUGAGUCACAUGUAAAAGAAUCGUUUCUGGCCACUCCCAAGUGAAUGGCAAUCAGAGAACUUUCCUCACUUGCGUGAACUUCUGCACAUGACUCCAUCCUCCUAUAUCCUAUCUUAUAUUAAUAGAAAAAAAAAAAACAAGUUAUACCAGCAAAAAAUGUCCCAAAGCAGGUAUAGUGGAAAAACGUUUUAAGUACAUAAUUUUUAUUUCAUAUACAUUUUGAACUAUUUUGUAAUAGAUUUUUGAUUGCCAUUGUAAUUUCCAAUGUGCAAAACUUUAUAAUGAACAAAUGAAGAACCUUUUUGAUAACUUUUAUAGCAAAAAUUAUAACGAGCAACGUUUAUUUCUAUCCUCACUUCUUGAAUUGAGCGAGCCAAAAAGAAGAAGAGUUGAAGAGGGGAGUUCUAUACGAAAUACAACAGUAUUUUAUUUUUUGGUGCUUUCAAACGGAAAAAGAGAGAGAGAGUGUGCUAAAAAAUGUUUGUCACACAUUUCAGGUAAAUAUUUUCUUGUUGUUGUUUUUCGUUGAUUUUUACUUUACUUUUUAUUUUAAAAUAUGAAGAUAACGCAGCGCAGAGUUCAAAUUUUGGUUGAAAAAGUAAAAUAUGGGAAAAACAUUGAUGAUCAGCGAGGAAAACAUGAAAAUCGUCUCCACAAAAUCAUAGAACAGAAAAAACUGAGCGUUGAUGAACACAUAGUAAGCUUUCCCAGCCAAGAAAGUCACUAUGGUCGUUCAACAUCUCGAAAAAUUGUCUUAACCCCAACUUAAAUAUUAAAACAAUGUACGAGUUAUACAAAGUUAAAUAUCCGGAUACCCAAAUUUCGUACAGCACAUAUAAGCACAUUUUUCAUACAGAACACAAACUACGAUUUGGUUUCCCAAGAAGUGAUACUUGCAAGGUUUGUGACAAGUAUUUUAUUGAUAUGAUUGCCGCUGAAAAUACGGAACGAUUUGAAAAUAUUCAAAAAUUGGCGACAGCUCAUCACGAGCAAGCAGAUAAAGCAUAUGCGCAACUUCGAGAUGAUUCCAACGCUGGCAAAAAUUCACAAAAUACCGUAGUCAUAUGUGUCGAUAUGCAGCAAGUGAUUUUCACACCGAAUCUCACACAUUCUGAUGUAUUUUAUCAUCGACAGUAUUCUAAUUAUAAUUUUGCUGUCCAUAAUAUCUCAGAAAAUACGGUCGAUAUGUACACAUGGCACGAAACGAUUGCUAAAAGAGGAGCUGCUGAAAUAGCUUCAUGUAUUUGGAAACACAUUACAUCAAAAUUCAGUAUUCUGGAAACUGAUCAAAUUAGAAAAUUGAUUAUAUGGUCCGAUAGAUGCGUUGGACAAAAUAACAACUGGACUAUGAUUGCUUUGUGCCACAGCCUUCUGAUCAAAUACUUUUCUGAAGUGAAUCAAAAAUUUCUUACUUCAGGGCACAGCUUUCUGCCAUGCGACCGGGAUUUUGCACUUAUCGAAAAAAAGAAAAAAACAGCUCAACUUUAUACACAGGCAGAUGUGUGUCAUAUGAUUCAUUUUGCAAGGCCUUCGAAUCCAUUGCAGAUUCAUCAAAUGGCUCUAUAUGAAUUUAAAAACUUCGAGAUGCUAGUCAAAAAUUUAUGUAGAAAUCCUUUGUGCAAAAUAACUGCUGCAAAGUGGAUACAAAUUUCUAGAUACGAUCCAAAAACACUUAAAAUGCGUAAGCAGCAUAAUAUAGCAGAAACAUGGACUUCUUAUAAUUUGCGCUCACAAAAAAAAACAUAAAUUAUGCGAAUUAUACUUUGCCAAUGCUCAGGAAUGAUACAAUAAAAGUAAGUGAUGAAAAGAAGUAGGACCUUCUGGCAAUGGCGUCGUAUUUACCAGAAAACUGUGCACAGUUUUAUAAACAGUUGCCAAGACAUAUAUUGACCAAUACAUAUGUAUAUUGAUACUCUAUACUAUUUACUAUAUAUCCGUUGUGAAU